CGACCGUUUACUACUUUAGCUUUACAUCGGCGAAAUAUGCGAAUGCUCACCGAUGCGGAAGAUUCAUCCCGCUGAUUAUGGCGCCUUGGAUGAUAUAUUCACGAUUCCAACGCCAUCAUGAAAGGAAACUUACAGCAGUGAUUCGAACACCGCCACCAUUUCCUCUCUUGACCAGAACUCUGAGCUUCUUCUUCAACCUAGCCUACCAGUGCCGCAUGAGAAUCCCAACCAUCGUCUUUGUCGGACUUCUUGCAUUCGAUGUUCGCCUCCAGCUUCAGAUCAAUGUGGUGCAGAUUUAGUUUUGGCAUAGCGAUCAUGUAGAUAGGAAGAAACAAUUGCUCUCUAUCACAAAGCUUGAGAAAAUUUACGAAUUUCUUGAACAGGAUACAACUGUAAUUAAAUGCGCUGUUACUGAGAUACAUGUAUGCUGUUACAGCUCACUCUGUAAAGAAAAACAAUAUUGCUACAGAGACCAGGAUUUUCUAGUCUGUACCAUCAUGACGAGAAGUGUGAAAGAUCUGCGAGAGCUUAUUUGUGUUUCUAGACUCUCUAUAAGAGAUAGUGACGAAGAUGAUGACUAUGACCUAUCCAGACCUCUCAGCUCUUUGAGCAUUUAUGGGGAAAGGCCUGUAGGGCUUGUCAACGGGAAUGGAGAUUACCUGCAGAGAACAGACGUACGGAGAGGUCAAGGAGCAAAGGAAGGUGGGUUUGCCGUCCCUAGGCCACCGGUCAGCGGCAAAGGAGGCUCAAGGUUGCAAUCUGGGGAGAGACCUCGGUCGGCGCAAAGCCAAUCACUCUCUGAACAUUCCAGCUUCAACUUCGGCAGGGAUUCCCCACUGCCACCAGUGAAAGGGGGUUCCAGGCCAGGUUCCAAUAGCAGUUCAGGCAGUGAUAGGCCCGGGAGUGGGGAAGCCAUUAAAAGUAACUUUGAUCAUGUUCUGCAGUACUUGACCGAUGCUGCUGUCACGGAAUGGCUUGAAAGAACCACUCAGAUGCUGAACGAACUGAUUGUGUGGUGCAACAACCUCGAUCACUUUGUGGAAUUUGCACAGUUCUGGAUGACGGAAUUCCCAGAGAACCAACGCCUGGAGAUUUACAAACUUGAAAUAAGUAUUGUGGCAGAUGAGCUCAUAGCUGCCUUUGGAGAUGCAUAUGUACAAGGAAAAGUGCAGUCUUCUGAUAUUAGUGGUAUAGUUUCUGCCGUACUUAAGGAGUACCCCAACAAGUUAUGCAGUGCACAGGGUGGUCAUGUUUUUCUGGACAUCUUGGACACCAUCACAUCGCAAAAGACUCAGGCGUACAGGCGGCUCUUGACAGACACCGGGAUAUCCACAAGGAACAGCACGUAUGCUCAGAGCUUACUUGCUCUCAGAGCCUUUGCACUCCUUAGCAUAUGGAGCAGUGUUGUUCAUUUCUACAGAAGAGUAACAGCGCAGGCCGUGGGAGCCGAAGGUGGAGAGGCGAUCCCUGAAAAGAAGUCUUCAGGAAACAGCGAGCUUAUCGCCCAGCAGAGGCUCUUUAGAGCUGUCCAGAAAGGCUUUGUCAGCGUCAUCUACUACUUUUUGAGGAACGGGAGAGUAAAGCUGGAUGUGAGGGAUGAUCAUGGAAGGACACUCACGUUUGCUGCUGUUCUGGCCAAUCAGAGCAGUGUUCUGCAUUAUCUCAUCUCAAAGCACAAAGCUGCUCUUCCUGUCAAUCAGGCUGGUGAAUCAGGCAACACCCCCUUACACACUGCAGCCAACUGGAACUACGUGGACUGUAUUCAAGUUCUGAUCACCAAGGGAAACGCAGAUGUCAACAUAGCCAAUGGACAGUGCGACAAUGCAACCCCACUUCACGUUGCUGUUAUGCAAGGUCAUCUCGAGGCAACCCAGAUGUUGGUAUCUGCUAGUGCAAAUGUCACAGCCAGCAUGAACGGCAUCACACCCUUACAGCUAGCUACAGACAUGGGCCAUGAGGAGAUCAGAAAGUUACUCUUGAGAAAGUCAGGGCUAGGUGACUACCACGACGAAGCCAUGGACGUUGCAGAUGGAGUGGAUGAUUCCUAGGCCCCUCUUAAAGCUCAUGUACAGUUUUGGUAGCAAAAAUGAAAUAGGAAAGAAACAUGUUAAAGGGAGUGUAGCCUGACCAGACUACGUGUCUUUCCUGUGGCCUGACUCGGGGGCCAAUCGGCUACGGAUGACGGGACUGCAGCAAUCACAUGCAUGCAACAUACACUGACGACGUAGAGAUUGAGUCGCUGACUACCUUUAAUCAGGUCCAUUCGUUUGAUUGCAGUUUUCCAAAAGAAGACCUAGAUGACAUUAACCAGUAUUUGCCAAGCUACACUCCCUUUAAAAUUGGUCUCAUGUUGUUCUCCUUGUAUCACAAGAUGUAUUUGGUAUUCUACCCCUAAUUUCCAGUGAAUUUCAGUGAAUUUCAGUGUAAUGCAGUGAAUGCAAGAUAACAGUGAUACACUCCCCUACCCUUCCAUUCCGAUGGCUCCCGGCACAUUGAUCUCAGUGUUUCGCUUGGAGACGGUGUGUCUGUAGACUGUAGAGUACGUACACAGGUGUUACACAUGUCUAGUGCAGAUUGCCGUUUUGUUUACUCUUUACUUCCAAGGAUGGUAUCUAAAUUAUUUUCUCCCUCAUUUGUUCACUUUUUCACUUGAGGAGAACAAAAUCCACAGCAGUUUAGUAUUACUAUUAUCUUUCUAUGUAUCAUCUGAAAUCAAAGAAAUCUAAUGUAAAAGUCAUUGAAGUCUUACCAAAACUGUACGUGAGUGUUAACUAGAUUUUAUUUGAUUUUGUUGUUUGUUUUCUCCUCUUUAGGGGGCAUCAAAUUCCUCACAGUCUUCUGUACCCAUCAAUGAUGGUGUCAUAAAAGUCUUUCAUUAAAGCAGAUUCUUGUUGCAUAAAACUCAUUAUCAAUCUUAAGUGUCCAUCCAAGGUCAAAUUACAUUGUUAUUGAGUUCAGUGAUUUAUUGCAGUUGUGAUUUGAAUGUAAAGUUUUAUGUGCUUUAUUUUUAAAUUUGCCUGGAGCCGGAAGGUUAUUAACUCAUACUUGGACACAGAGUUCAUGUCCUUUUUACUCUGAACAGAUUAUGUGGUAAUGAGAACAUAAUCUUGAGUUUUCAUAGCCAUUUACUGUCAUUGUUCAGUCAUCUAGUGUGAUCCGUGUACUGAGGUACACUCUUUGUUUAAACACUUCAUCAUGUACUUACAAAUGUGUAUUUUCAGACUUCUUGAUCACGCGUCUGCAAAAAAGUUAAACUAUGCAUGCAAUCAUCAUGUUUUUAUAUUAUUUCUUCUGUACUUUUUCUCUCAAAGCUUUACAUUUUUUAGUUUGUAUCUGUAAGAGCUAUUUAAGAACAUUUGCAUGGUACUGUCUAUGCAGUCAUGACUAAAUAAGCAUUUAAGGUCUACACAUAUGUUUCAUUAUUGUAAUUGUUUCAAAUUUACUGCCAGAUGCACAGGAGCCAUCAUUUUUAUUGUGUUAUUAGCUGUGCUUACGAAGCCUGUGAAUGAAAUUAACCCAUACGCCACUACACUAGUAAUUCAAAGCAUUAUUUGCAAUGUUAAUUUUGCAAUCGCUUGAUGUACGAAGUAAUGCUGUGACUCUCACUUGGCAUGUCAAAAACACUUGAUGCCUCAUGCACAGCGAGCGUAAAGGGUUUGAAUUGAUUGUGUUAUGAAAAAGUGAGAAACAUUCAAUCAUCUUGAAGUAAUAUUGAAAGAUUAUAUUGUAAAAAGAAUGAUGUACAGUGAAAUUAGAUAAUGAUAUGAUAUAUUUUUGUGAAACACAUUUUUCUCUCCUUCCAACUUAUCACACAAUUAUAUUUCAAAACUUUCUUUGUUCUCAGAUAAGAUUGUUAUAUAUAUAUAUAUAUAUAUAUAUAUAUAUAUAUAUAUAUAUAUGUAUAUAUCUAGAUAUUUUAUGUUGCCUUGAUUCAUCCCUAUCUUUAUGACAGUUUGAUAUUUUGCUGCUGAAAUCAUAGUUUACUAAUGAUUUGCAUAUAUGUCAUGUUUUCCUUUUGCAGACAUCUUUGAAAGGAGAACGAAUAAUGUACCCUCAUUAAUUUCUUUUACUUGUUCUAGGUUUUAAAAAUCCUAAAUGCAAACUUUCAUAAGUUUUAUUAUAUGUGAAAGAAAUCCAUAGCAACAAUCCAUAAUUGAAAUUCUGCAGGUUAGCAUUAGUAGAUUAAAAGUCUGUCUGGAGAA